AUGGACUUCAAGCAAUCUAAUUUCGUGCAACCUACAUUAUUCGAAAACAACUUUGAGCAACCUAAAGACGUAAAAACUAUCUUUGAGCAAGCCAACGUAGCAAAACCUAACUUUGAGCAACGCAACAUAACAAAACCUAACUUUGACGGUAAAAAGAAAAGUGGAGGCGGGAGGACGCGUGAGAAACGCCCACGCGACCCUGCUCUGGAGGCUGGGUCAGCAGGCUUGUCCUCCGAUGAGGAAGGCCUGCCAGCCCCCAAGAGGACGUCGGCAACGGCGGCCUCGAGAAAGGCAACUGGUUCGCAGCCGCAGAGGGAUGCGCAUGGAAGGUUCCUGCGCUCCAAGAACUCAGUGGCCAGCGGGACAGACUACGAAAUGGGGGUCUCUAGUGAGGACCCCGGGGUCGAGAGUUGCACCUCACUAGGGAGCACCAAAGCGGAACUUAACGCCGCCAAAAGGGAGCAGCGGAAGGUCGUCGCAGCCGACGAAGUGUCGCUAAUGUCUAGUCGCGCACGUGAGCGACGUGCUGCUCUGGCAGCAGAAGGGGGUGAGCCAUCGGCGUUAGUUCUGAGCCAACUGGCCUUGGACGGGGUGGACUUAGUACUGAAGGUUGCUACCAAAUCUGGCAGCCUGAAAGGUACUUUCACCCGUGGCUUGAAAGAGGCCGCAGGUGACAUCAAGGAGGCUAUUGGCCUCCUUCUCAAUAGGACGGCCUCUGACGAAGUCACGAAAUUGCAGGAGGAGAACGGCCGUCUCCGAAGAGACCUGGAAGACCUGCGGCAGCAAGUCGCCUUGCUGAGCGAGCAGCACCAGCGACACAAGUCCGUCGAAAGCACAGACGCAGUAACACCGUCUCCCCCAGCGCAACCGGCAAGCCCUCAAAGGGUUGAGGAAGUCGAACGUAUUGUCCGACUCUGCAUGCUCCAGUGCGGGAGCAUGGUCAAUGCUCGACUGGAGGCAAUUUCCCAGCGUCUUCCUGCGGAAAUCCUCCGUCCACCCCUAGCAGCCGACUCUCGAAGGGCUGAAGGGCCGCCGAGACCUGUGGGGAAGCCCGUGGAGGACACUGGAAAGCCCGCGGAGGGAGCCCCCCCGAAUGACGAGUCAGGAACCUCUGGGUCUAAGGGUGAGACUUGGGCGAAGGUGGUUGGCCGUAAAAAGGCUCGCAAAGCCGCUAAGAAGGCGUCAGCAGUAGCGCGCGCCACCAGCGUAACUGCAAAGGGGGCCCAAUCUGCACGACGGUCUACCAAAGAUGGUCGCAAAGUGCCGGCUGUACGUGCUCCGCGAUCCGAAGCUGUGACGCUCACGUUACAGCCCGGAGCUGUGGAACGGGGCGUGACGUACCAGUCGGUUAUUGCCGAGGCCAAGGCCAAGAUCAAAUUAUCAGAUCUUGGCCUGCAGUCCGUUACCCUCAGGCAAGCUGCCACGGGUGCACGGCUAUUUGAGGUGGCUGGUGCUGGAAGCGACAGUGCCGAAAAGGCGGACGCUCUUGCCGCCAAGAUGAGGGAGGUCCUCAACCCUGAGGACGUUCGGGUCUCCAGGCCAGUCAAAACCGCAGAGGUGCGAAUUGCUGGUCUGGACGACUCCGUGACCUCUGAAGAGGUGGUGGCGGCCGUUGCCCGAAGCGGUGAGUGUCUGCCAGAAAAGAAUCGACAUGCUGAAGUUGACCGUAGUGACCUUUGCUAUCGCUGCGGUCAGCCCGCCCACAAGGCGGCCCAGUGUUCCGCGCCGCUCAACUGCAGCGUGUGUUCGGCUGCAGGGAAGCCAGCGGGACACAAAUUGGGCGGAGGAGCCUGCGGCGCACCUGCCAGCAAGGCCAAGAAGAAAAAGAAGAGCUCUAAACCUGCCGGGGAAACCUCGCCGCCCCCGCAGGCUAGUUGCUCCGCGGCCGACUCCCGGCCCAGGACCGUUGCCGAGGGAAUGGAAAGUCAAUAA